ACGACAACGUAAAAGUUUAUAUUUAUUUAUAAAUUUCGAUCUAUUCACACUAAUCUAGAGUUUAGAUGUACAUUACAUCUAGAUUAGAUUCUAGAUUAGUUUGUUUUAAUAUCACCAAAUGGUUUUGAAUGAUUUGACCAUUAGUGCCUCAUACUAAAUGAUAAUCUCUUAGUUACAGUUAACUUAAGUCUUAAGUUUUUAAAUUUUAAUUAAAAAAAAAAGGCUGGAAUUUGGAUAGAAAUCUUAAUCUUUCAAACUUUCAGUCUCAGUCUAGAACCUAGAUUUUUCUUAAUUAACUAGUCACUAGAUCUAAUCUAGAUCUAGAUCAUUAUACUAGACUACCAGUAAAGUAAUAGGUAUCUAGGUCUAGUUAGACUUUAAGUCUUUAUAAAAAUGAUGCAAGUUACAGAUUUUCAAAAAAUUGGUGUUGGCCUUGCAGGCUUUGGAAUAGCAUUUCUCUUUCUUGGAAUGUUGCUGUUCUUUGAUAAAGGAUUAUUAGCCAUUGGUAAUAUACUGUUUAUUAGUGGAUUGGCUUUUGUUAUUGGAUUAGAAAGGACGUUUCGCUUCUUUUUCCAAAAACAUAAACUGAAAGCCACAGGCUUUUUUGUUGGAGGAAUGUUGAUAGUGUUGUUUGGUUGGCCUAUAUGCGGUAUGUGUGUGGAGUUAUAUGGAUUCUUUUUACUCUUUAGUGGAUUUUUCCCUGUUGCAAUCAAUUUCUUGAGGAGAGUUCCGGUUGUUGGAAGCAUUUUAAAUCUCCCUGGCAUUCGCUCAAUUGCAGAUAGAAUCGGAGAAUCCAGCUCCAUGGACAGUGUCUAAGACUCAAGACUUGAUCCGAUAUUUGCAUUCUCUUUUGUUCAACACAUUUCAUUCUUGUCAAUAAAACUUGAAUGUUUCUGCCAACAACA